AUGGAUGAGGAUGGUGGUGCUAGUUCGGACAUCAUGUGUUUCACUCCACUUGGUUCUGGUCAGGAAGUAGGACGAUCUUGUCAUCUAUUACAUUUCAAAGGGAAAAAAAUACUGUUGGACUGCGGAGUUCAUCCAGGGAUGCAUGGUGUAGAUGCUCUCCCAUUUGUUGAUUUUAUAGACAUUGAAGAGAUUGAUUUGUUGUUGAUCACUCACUUCCAUCUCGAUCAUUGCGGUGCUCUUCCAUGGCUCCUGGAAAAGACUGGAUUCCAAGGAAAGUGCUUCAUGACUCAUGCGACUAAGGCAAUCUACAGAAUGCUUCUUGGAGACUACAUCAAGUGUGGGGGCGGAAGUGAUCGUGGUAUGCUUUACACAGAUGAAGAUUUGGAAAGGAGUAUGGAGAAAAUUGAGGUAAUAGAUUUCCAUGAACAGAAAGAGGUUAACGGCAUUCGAUUUUGGCCCUAUGUUGCUGGUCACGUAUUGGGAGCUUGUAUGUUCAUGAUCGAAAUAGCUGGCGUGCGAGCUUUGUACACAGGUGAUUUUUCGAGGUUGGAAGACCGUCAUCUUUGUGCCGCUGAAUUGCCAACAAUUACACCUGAUGUUCUUAUUUCGGAAUCCACGUACGGCACACAAAUACAUGAAGGAAGGGACGAGCGUGAGAAGCGAUUCACACAAAUGGUUCAUGAUAUAGUCGGAAGAGGAGGACGUUGUUUAAUACCAGCUUUUGCUCUCGGGAGAGCUCAGGAACUUCUGCUUAUUCUAGACGAAUACUGGGAUGCUCACCCUGAAUUAUACGACAUUCCUGUCUAUUACGCUUCUUCCUUGGCAAAAAAGUGUAUGGCCGUCUAUCAAACGUUUGUCAGUGGAAUGAAUCAAAGAAUUCAAAAGCAAAUAGCCGUCAACAAUCCAUUUGUUUUCAAGCACGUUAGUAAUCUGAAGGGACUGGAGCACUUUGAAGAUUCAGGGCCUUGCGUCGUUCUUGCAAGUCCUGGAAUGCUGCAAAAUGGACUGAGUAGAGAACUAUUCGAGAAAUGGUGUACGGACGCGAAAAAUGGAUGCAUUGUUGCUGGUUACUGUGUUGAAGGAACUCUCGCAAAGCAUAUUUUAUCGGAGCCUGAAGAAAUAGUGGCCAUGAAUGGUGAUCGUUUACCAAUGAGAUUACAGGUCGGGUACAUAUCGUUUUCUGCGCAUACAGAUUUCCAGCAAACUCUAGCCUUCGUGAAGCAAUUAAAGCCUCCUCAUAUGGUUCUUGUCCACGGUGAGACACACGAAAUGAGUCGAUUAAAGGCAGGCAUACUGAGGAGUUUUGAGGAAGAAAAUCUGUCAAUAGAGGUAUUUUGCCACAUUUUGUUAUUCUUUUCCACAAAACUCGGUUUUAUGGUCCGUAAUGUAGGGGACAUCGUCAGUGGUAUUUUGAUUAAACGUAAUUUCAACUACCAAAUCGUUGACCCAAAGGAUCUUACAGUUUUCACCGAUCUUUCUUCAUCUCGUCUAUCUCAACGGCAAUCAGUGUAUUACUCAGGAAGUUUAUCCCUUCUUCUAUACAGUUUGAAUCAACUAAACGAUGAUGCCAUGUUGACACGCGCCAUUUCAUUGCAAUGGUGUUCUCUAGCUUCCAUUUGCAUACUGGAUUGGGAAUCAAACCCAGUGAAUGAUAUGUAUGCAGACGCAGUGCUGGCUGCCAUUUUACACGCACAGGCGAAUCCAAUUCCGGAUAAAUGUACGUUGAGUUUAUUUCAAAAAAUCUUAUUCACAUGUCGGCAUUAG